AUAAACAACAACUCUCUCACCAAUCUCAAAACAAUUCUCUCUCUCUUUAUUCUUCUUCUUCAGCUUCAGAUUUCAGAUCUUAAAUCUUCAAGUCUUCUUCUUCUUCUUCUGCAACCAUGGCUAUGCAGGAACGUUGUGAGAGUUUAUGUUCUGAUGAACUUAUAUCUUCCUCAGAUGCCUUUUACCUCAAGACAAGAAAGCCUUAUACCAUCACUAAACAAAGAGAGAAAUGGACAGAAGCAGAGCAUGAGAAGUUUGUAGAAGCAUUGAAACUCUAUGGCAGAGCUUGGAGACGAAUCGAAGAACAUGUUGGAACAAAAACUGCAGUUCAGAUUCGAAGCCAUGCGCAGAAGUUCUUUACUAAGGUUGCUCGCGAUUUUGGUGUUAGCUCUGAGUCCAUUGAGAUCCCGCCUCCAAGGCCAAAGAGAAAGCCGAUGCAUCCUUACCCUAGAAAGCUUGUGAUUCCUGAUGCAAAAGAGAUGGUAUACGCUGAACUAACCGGAUCCAAGCUGAUUCAGGAUGAAGAUAACCGAUCUCCAACAUCGGUUUUAUCAGCUCAUGGCUCAGAUGGAUUAGGUUCCAUUGGUUCAAAUUCACCUAACUCUUCUUCAGCUGAGUUAUCAUCUCACACAGAGGAAUCAUUGUCUCUAGAAGCAGAGACCAAACAGAGCCUUAAGCUCUUUGGAAAAACUUUUGUAGUUGGUGAUUACAACUCUUCAAUGAGUUGUGAUGAUUCUGAAGAUGGCAAGAAGAAGCUAUACUCAGAAACACAGUCUCUUCAAUGUUCUUCUUCUACUUCAGAAAACGCUGAAACAGAAGUGGUAGUGUCGGAGUUCAAAAGAAGUGAGAGAUCAGCUUUCUCUCAGUUAAAAUCGUCGGUGACUGAGAUGAACAACAUGAGAGGGUUCAUGCCUUACAAAAAGAGAGUAAAGGUGGAAGAAAACAUUGACAAUGUAAAAUUAUCAUAUCCUUUGUGGUGA